UCCAUGUCGCAGAUAAGACAGCCAAAUGUGUCUGUUGUCAGGGCCUAGCUGCCGCGGACUAGCUUUGUAUGCAUGGCCCUACAACAAGUACAAGUCCUAGAAAGAACGAGUGGAUGCCGAAGUUUUUUUUGUCUUGCAAUGCCAAUGACCAGAUGACGGCCCCAGACUUCGACCGGAGAUCUACUCCGCGUAGGGAUUGGAACUUUUGAUUACUCAGACCAACUCAUUCAGCAUCACUAGUUCCCCAAUGGUGGUUCAAUGAUAGGUUUUGCUGAAAGUUAGCUGGCGCUGAGGGAAAUUGUUGACCUGAGACUUGGCGAGGAAGAACUUCAAUACGUGGACACACAACAUUGUGGACAGUCCCAGUUCGGACCAGCAAUAUGGCAGACAAGACUUCAUCAGGGGACGGCGGUGCGCCUGUGUCAUCCAGCUCGUUGUCGCCUAUUGUCACCGAGAUCAACAUUUACCCUAUCAAGUCAUGCAAGGCUGUGUGUGUCGAAUCUAUCACCGUGGACAAGCUAGGCCUGAUGGACGAUCGACGUCUCAUGCUGAUCGACAGCAACAACCGCUUUCUGCACCAGCGCAAGUUUCCCAAGCUGGCCACAGUCAUAGCGGUGGUCAAGCAGAACACACUGCAUCUCUCGGCACCCAACAAGGAGCCGGCCGUCAUUGAGAUAUGCCGGGUGUCGCGUGCAGAUCGACCCGUCCGCAAUGUUGGCGUCUGGCAAGCAACCCUCCCGGCUAUUGACCAGGGUGACGAGGCUGCAGCCUGGUUUCAGUCGAUAUUCGACUCGUCGCAAUCGUUUGCUCGUCUUGUCGCCAUGCCAGAGCUUGACUCGGAAGAGUGUGUUCCUCGGCCAAUCCCGUUCCCGGCCUCGUUUCCCAAGAUCCCAGAUCGGCAAGUGGGUUUCUCCGACUCUGGGCCAAUCUUGGUCCUAUCUGAAGAGUCACUGGCCGAUCUAAAUGCACGAUAUGAAGCUGGCUGGCAACAGUCAGUGCCCAUGACACGUUUCAGACCAAACAUUGUCGUGAAGGGUGGCGGUGUGGAGGCUUUCGACGAAGACAGGUGGCUGGUUGUGCAGAUUGGCUCUGUUCCAUUCAUGGCUUAUCAGAAAGCAACGCGGUGCAAAAUGACCGGUGUUGAUCAGGCGACAGGUGAGGUGGACAAGGUUGGACCACUGGAAGCGCUGAGGACGUAUCGCGCUACACGCGGGCCUGCGCACGCCGAGUUUGGCCAGUUCCUGGUUCCCCUGAAGGUCGGUGGUGCCAUUAACGUCGGCGACGCUGUGAAAGUGCUCGAGUACAAGAAGGCUUGAAGGUGUUGUCCGGCACUACAUGUACGUGCGUGCACGCACCCUCGCCAGAACUCAGUGUCACGUGUGUGGUGGUGCCCAUCCCACAGUCCUACACUUUCCCGAUGGUACGUGUAUCUGGCGGCGUGUGCUUGAUUAUUCAGUGUGCGGUCUUUGUGCCUGGUGUGUCUGGGUGUGUUCCUAUUUGCGUGGAUGGCACCGAGGCCUCAGUGGAGCAGCGCCUUCGUGAUUGUUUCCCGCAAGUUUGCAGUUGUUGAAUGCUUAACAUGCCCGAGGAUGUGCAACUCAUGUUGUGUCUAUCUUGCACCAAUCAGUGCUACUCCUUGACAGUGGAUCUGCUCUUGUAAUAAUAAAAAUAUAUUAAAAAAAAUCAUGGUUCGCGUGAGACUCGGCCAAAGGCCGAGUUUUCAGCAUCCGCAGGAACGCCACCACCCUCUUGGAUCAAGGCGCAGAUGCAGCUCCUAAUAAUAAGAGUCAUGUAAAAUACAUUGGGCACAAGGUAUGCGAUCGAGUCUACCAACUAAACCAGAUUUUGAACAGUCUGCCUUGGAAUGUAGGUUGUGCUCGGCUCGAUGGCGCUCGCCUUCCCCUCUUGGAAUUAGCACUAAUAUCCAUGAACCUUCCAAGUUGGAAGGCCGUUGGCUAGCGCUAUCGAGCAGUGCUCAAGCUGACUUUCAUGCCGUGGAAUGUCUCAGUACUCCCUGUCAGUUUUGCGCUAGAUUGUGACUGUUCAAAAUCUGGUUUAGUUGGUGGACUCGAUCGCAUAACUAGUGCCCACAAUUUCCCAUAUUACAAAUAAUAAUAAUCGUCACCCUUUCGUCCGAAUAUCAAGCACUCUAUUCAGGAAUACUUGUACGUGAAUGCAAAGGUCCAGUCCAUCUA